UCGAGUUUCUGAUUGGUUCUCGUAAUAGUCGCCUGUCAAUGACGACAAUCAAAUGCGCGUCGCCUGUAGCACCACGAGAAUUGCAAAUACAACUCGGGGGUCGGGCUACGGAGAGCUCAAUGUCAUGCAGUUUUACCAACGAACAGACCGACAAGCGCCGCUUAUAAAUCACUGAUGCCUUUAGAUAUGGAUAUAUAACGUUAUAAGAUAUUCUUCAAUAAGGCAAUGACCUCGUGAAGAGGUCCCCCAAUCUCCCUCCUCGUCUGUAGUUAAAGGUCAACUUGUCCACCAUGUCCAUCCAGAUGUGUAGAGUGGUGGAGGUGAUGAUGCGCUCUGCUUGCUGCCAGACCAUCAGAAGUAGAUCCUGUUUGCACAAGGCAGUGUUGGCCCCUGUGGGUCAUUCUGGCUUCUGUGUCCCUGGGGCUGCUGUGCUUCAUAGAAGGUCCUACAGCCUGGACUCUCUCUCUUCAGGUCCUGGUCGGCCCACACUUGGUCCAAGCUCCCAGCAGCCCCGUGCAGAGAGGACUUCCCCCUCCUCAGCACUCGCACACAGGAACCUGUCUGCUGUGGCUGUACAGGGCCAACGUCGUCCUCUGUGCCGGUACGACUUCCUGGACCUCGGAGAGGUGGAGGAGAAUGUACGCCGUGCUCAGGCCUGUAAAGUAAUCCGACACUUCAUAGUGGACCCAGACCUGGCUAAACUGGUAACACAGCAUUUAGGACCUGAGGAUACUAAAACGGUUAUCUUCGAAUGUAACCCAGGUCCUGGGGUAUUGACUAGGACACUACUAAAUGCUGGAGCUCAGAGAGUUGUGGCUCUUGAAGGGGAUAGGUUCUUCCUUCAUGAUCUCCAGGAGUUGGAAGGUCGCCUUGAUGGUCAGUUGGAAGUAGUUCACUGUGACUACUUUAAACUAGACCCCAUUGGCAGUGGAAACCUUAAACCCCCUGUCAUGUUCACUGACAAACUGUUCACUGACCUGGGGAUAUCAGAGGCUAACUGGACUGAUGACGUCCCAGUGAAGGUGGUGGGUAUCCUGCCCCUGCGUAAUGAGCGCGGCAUGCUGCUGAAGAUGGUUUACGCCUUGUUUGAACGGCUGUCUGUCUACAGAUAUGGAAGAGUAGAGCUCAACCUCUUCAUAAGCGAGAAGGAAUACCUGAAACUGGUGUCAUGUCCAGGUGAAAUGAUGCACUACAGAGCCUUCAGUGUCCUCUGGCAGAUGGCCUGUGAUAUUGAACUACUGCACAAGGAGCCCUGGGAGUCAUUUGUGAGGUCUUCCAGACAGAGUGUACCUGGCGCUAAGGGCAAGCUUCCCAAUGACCACCUGUGCCUGGUGCGUCUGCGUCCGCGGGCUGAUCUCUUCUCUGCCGGCCUAACUCCUUCUAAUGCUUCAACUCUGCUGAUGAUGAUAAAACAGUGUCUGGCAAAGAGAAAGGUCAAGCUCAUUGACCGGCUUAAUCUCUGGUCUCCUGAUAGUGGGAGUAAGCUGUUAUCGGAGAUGGGCAUGCCGGAGGACAUAUUGACAGGCCAUGUAUAUCCAGAGGAGUAUCUUCGACUGUUCCAGCUGAUGGACAAGAGUCAGGAGUUUACACAGAGCUGGCUUUAUGAAGAGAUUCUGGAAAACACACAGAGGGAGGGUUGGGGCUAAAAUAUAGACCUACAGGUCAUAUGUAUAGUUUUAUAGAAAUGAAAUACAAAAGAAAACAAAAACACACAUAAUAUAAUGAUAAUGUAAUAUAUAUAAAAGGAAUACUAUAAUGUGUGAUGUAAUAAAACGGGGGGGGGGGGGCACAGAAGAAACAACAGUUCAUUGCUGAACUGUAAUUCCAAUGAGUUGAAAACUCAGUAGCAGAAAUUGUCCUUUUUGGGCCCUCACUUGAGAUUUGUUUGAUGGCCAGGGGGAACAUUUACAUUGUGUUGCAGAAUAAAAGUUUUAUGAUUAGUUAAAUUAUGUAAAAGGAAAAACCCCUUUUAUGAAGACAAAAGCAGCAUGUCCAACAAGGGCUGAAAAAAAGCCUCAUGGAUGCACUGUCAUGAAAAUGAUGCAGUUUACUGUGACAGCAGCGUCACAACACAACCCUGCAUGUAUCUUCUAUUGCAUUAUUUUCCAAAACUGGAGUAGAAGUGCGGGAAGAAAGAGAAAGUUGUUCACUGUAUAGCAUCAGGUCUGUGUAUAUUUUUGUAUUUUUGUGUGUGCUUAAGCUUUAAAUCUGACUGAAAUGUCAUGUCUUAUGGAUUAUGUAAGUGGUGUGUGUAAUAGAAUUUUUUUAAAGAAAUCAUUAAAUCUAAAUUUUGAAAUGUAA